CAAUGUCAGCUGAUUCUGAAGUGAAAGUACGCGGCAAGCCUGCUGGAAGACCGAUUUCGCUAACAGAUUCGGACCGAAAAAGGAAAAAGACAGAAAGAAAUGCACUUAUCAACAAAACCAAAGUCUACAUUGGUAGCCAGUAUGACCGGUGGAUUGCGUUAAAGGAAGAAAUUGGAGCGAAAUCUCACGCUGAAGUUGCAAAAGUAUUACUCGACAGGUAUGAUGGUAGUAAAUGGAAUCGAGCAUCAUGGCAUGAAAGUAGUGCCUCAACUUCAGCAGGGCCAUCUGUACAGAACAAUUAUGUUUCAGAAAUUAUGGAAACUACUAACAAUUUGAUAACAAGAUUCAAAGUAGAACCAGAUGUAGAACCAGAUGUAUCAGAGAUAUCCUGUUCCGACCAGGAACCAGCAAGAUUCAUAGAACCAGUAGUAUCAGAGAUGUCCUGUUCUGCCCAGGAACCAGCAAGAUUCAUAGAACCAGAUGUAAAACCAGAUGUAUCAAAGAUAUCCUGUUCAGACCAGGAAGCAGGUCGUAUGUACAUAGUGCCAGAAAUGUCUAGGUUAGAAGCUGUGAACAAAGCAGAUUCAGAAUGUGGAAAGCAGUGUACAUUUGAACAAUCCAAAAACUUAAUUAAUCCUUUUGAUUUCAGUAUUGAUAUUUCUGAAAAUUUUGAUGACUUUGAUCAGACAUCUGAUGAAGACUAUGAACCUAGUUUCAACAUAACAUUAAGACCAAAUAUUGUUAAUAACUCAGUGGAACAGGAAAUUGAAGAGGAUGAGGAUGACACAGUUGAAAGGGUCAAGUCAGAAGAGGCAGCUAUAGAUAUGGGUCCAGGAGUGAAGAGAAUAACAAUGAAAAAUGUUGACAAGUUUAUUUCAGAACAACCACUCUUGGUUUACAGAGAUUGCCUGUUGAUGCUGGCCAACACAAAUACAGAGCAGAUAUGUACAAUGUCUAAUUGCAAAAGGCAGGUUGAUUUGAAAACAGAAACUAUUGGAUCUGCAUUUUACAUAACCUGGGUGUGCAGAGAAGGUCAUAUACUGAACAAGUGGUGUUCACAACCACUCUUAAACAGGAGAAUGCAUAGUGGAGAUUUGAUGUUGGCCUCUGCAACAGUUUUGUCAGGAAAUGAUUUCCAAAAAAUAGAAUUGUUUUGCAAGAUACUAGGCCUUCCUACAUUGAAUUCAUCAACAUUUAAUAAAAUACAGCAAUCCUACAUUGUGCCAUCAAUUGACGAGCAUUGGCUGAAGUACCUUGAGGAUAUUUAUACAGAGUUUGGCAGAAAGGAAAUUAUAGUAUUAGGUGACAGUAGGAUGGACCACUGCACACAUAACUGUACUUACACAUUUAUGGAAAUGAAAACAAAGAAGAUACUGUGUAUUGUGACAAUGGAUAAUCCAAUGACUGAGGGCAAAAAUACCAGUCUGGAGAAAAGGUGUUUUGAAAAAGGUUUAAAGAUUUUGACAGAUGCUGGUUUAAAUAUUGUAGAAGUUGUAACUGAUUCACACCAAGAGAUAAGAGCAUUAAUGAAAAAACCACAGUAUGCUAAAAUUAAGCACUCCUUUGACAUUUGGCAUGGCAUCAGAAAUCUUGGAAAGAAAAUUAUAAAGGUUUCUCAAAAAAGAGGGAAGAAAAACAUACAAUUAUACGAGUGGACAAAAGAAAUUAUAAAUCAUUAUUGGCAUUGUGCAUCUGUUAGUAAAAACCAAGGUGAAUUUAAGGGUUCUUGGUUUAAAAUUUUACACCAUGUUGUAAAUGAGCACACCUGGUUAUUGUCAUAUGACGACACAUUUGACAACAACAAAUGCAACCAUGGACCAUUGUCUGAAGAAAGUGAAAAAACAUAUAUGGAAAAAGGAUCAGAUGCUCAUAUUGCCUUGCGCUACAUUGUUAUGGAUAUCAAGCUGUUAAAAGACAUACCUUACUAUUUGAAUUGCAGGAGCAUCUCAGAUUUGGAAUCCUUCCAAAACCUUAUUUCUGCCUAUACUUCCAAACCACAUGUCUACAGUCCAGAUGUGUAUCGAGUGAGAAAUCAGUUGGCUGCUUUGGACCAUAACAUCCAUGUUGGUAGACCUGCUCUUACAAAGGAUAAUGGAACUCCUAGGUGGAGGAGAGAAUUCAACCAGAAAUCUUCAAGAUGGUCUGUUCUGGAGAUCAAAGAAAAGAAAAGAUAUCCACAUCUUUCUGCUGUGGUUCACAGUAUUUUAACUGCAAGGUUAAACAAUGAUGUUGGAUGAAUAUUGUUUUGGUUGCUGAUGAUCAUAGAAGAAUAAAAAAGGAAUAUUGAUCUAUUCCUUUAUCUCUAACACAAGAAUCUUGUACUAGAGCAAAAAAUGAGGUCCAAUAGAGAAGACCUGAUGAAAGUAUUGACUAUGUACGGUCUGGGGAAUAAUAGAUAAAAAGUUUUUUCUUAAAGAAUGAACUAGACUUUUUAACUUUGAUUUGUUAAAACUAACUAAAUUGCCAUGAUUGCUGAAACCAGUCAUAAGUUUUGAAAUUAAGAGAUCAAUAACUAUACUAUUUCAUACCUGCCAACUUUUCAAAUCUACAUGGGGGAUUUUAAACCCCCUCCCACCCAAUAAAUAGGGUCUGAUAUUUUUCAUAAUAUCUGAGGACAAUUUUAGCUUAAGAUAUAUUCAAUCUGUAUUCAAUACACAAAUAAACCCUCCACAAUCUGUAUGUGCCUGUCCCAAGUCAGGAGCCUGUAAUUCAGUGGUUGUCGUUUGUUCUUGUAUUUCAUAUUUGUUUUUUAUUUAUUGUCUUUUUUACAUAAAUGAGGCUGUUAGUUUUCUUGAUUGAAUUGUUUUACAUUUGUCAUUUUGGGUUUUGGGGCCUUUUAAAGCUUGCUAUGUUGGAUGGGUUUAGCUAAUUGUUGAAAUAAUUUCAAAUUUUUACCAAUGGGUUUAAACUUUUAGACCAUGGAACAUUUUUGAUUAAUAGUGCAAUUCUAUUUUUUGUUCAUGGUCGAGCUGUCAUUGUUGUCCAUUAAUGACCUGCAUUUGUAGAGGAAUGUAAAUUUGUAUUCAUAAACUGAAAUGAAAAAUUAUUUGUAAAUAAAUAUAUAUCAUUAUGAUUUUUA